AGCAUGCCCCGGGGCAGGCCGACUGCUGCGCAGAAGCGCGCGCGGGCGCUCACGGAACUUCAGCAUGGCGGUGUUUGCAGAUUUGGACAUAAGAGCGGGUUCCGACCUGAAGGCUCUUCGCGGACUCGUGGAGACUGCCGCUCAUCUUGGAUAUUCAGUUGUUGCCAUCAAUCAUGUUGUUGACUUUAAGGAAAAAAAACAGGAAAUUGAGAAACCCAUAGCUAUUUCUGACCUCUUCCCAACUUUCCCAAUUGUACAGGGAAAAUCAAGACCAAUUAAAAUUCUAACGAGAUUGACAAUUAUAGUUACCGAUCCAUCUCACUGCAAUGUUUUGAGGGCUACUUCUUCAAGAGUCCGGCUGUAUGAUAUUGUUGCAGUUUUUCCAAAGACAGAAAAACUAUUUCAUGUUGCUUGCACUCAUUUGGAUGUGGAUUUAGUCUGCAUAACUGUAACAGAAAAACUACCAUUUUACUUCAAAAGACCUCCUAUUAACGUGGCAAUUGACCGAGGCCUGGGCUUUGAACUUGUCUAUAGUCCUGCCAUCAAAGACUCCACAAUGAGAAGGUACACAAUUUCCAAUGCCCUCAAUUUGAUGCAGAUCUGCAAAGGAAAGAAUAUAAUUAUAUCCAGUGCUGCAGAAAGGCCUUUGGAAAUAAGAGGACCAUAUGAUGUGGCAAACUUAGGGUUGCUGUUUGGACUAUCUGAAAGUGAUGCUAAGGCUGCAGUGUCCACCAAUUGCCGAGCAGCACUUCUCCAUGGAGAAACUAGAAAAACUGCUUUUGGAAUUAUUUCUACAGUGAAGAAACCUCGGCCAUCAGAAGAGGGUGAUGAUUCUCUUCCAGCUUGCAAAAAAGCUAAGUGUGAAAGCUGAAAAGAAUGGACCAGUCUCUGUCAGCACUACUUUCUUCCGUUUUGUAGGUUAUCAUCCACAAUAAAAAGAAAAUUUUGCAUGA